GGCUUGGGAGGCCCCAAGAGCAGCAUCCCCUUCCCUGGCUGGGGCUGGCGCCAGUCUUGCGGCAAAGGCAAGGGCUCUGGAUCUUGGCCACCGCAGCAGCAGCAGCAGCAGCAGCAAGAGGAGGAGGAGGAGGAGGCGGCGUCGGCUUGCCUGGCCCCUUUGGGGAGGAUUCCUUCUUUUCGAGGAUGGGGCUCCCCGGGCAGCAACAGCAGCAGCCUCAGCCUCAGCCUCAGGAGCAGCCCCGUCCGGCCUGCCCUCCCCUCCGCUGAGCCCCGGGGCGCCGAGGCGAUGCGAUGAUGGCCACUUGCCCGCUUCUUCUGCCUUCUUCCCACGCCGCCCAGCCCGCUGUCAAUGGAGGAGGACAUUGAUACCCGCAAGAUCAACAACAGUUUCCUGCGCGACCACAGCUAUGCAACCGAAGCUGAUAUUAUCUCUACGGUAGAAUUCAACCACACAGGAGAAUUACUAGCGACAGGGGACAAGGGGGGUCGCGUUGUAAUAUUUCAACGUGAGCAGGAGAGCAAAAAUCAGCCCCAUCGCAGGGGAGAAUAUAAUGUUUACAGCACAUUCCAGAGCCAUGAACCUGAGUUCGAUUACCUGAAGAGCUUAGAGAUAGAGGAGAAGAUCAAUAAAAUACGAUGGCUUCCCCAGCAAAAUGCAGCCUACUUUCUUCUCUCCACCAAUGACAAAACUGUGAAACUAUGGAAAGUUAGUGAACGAGACAAAAGACCAGAGGGCUACAAUCUCAAAGAUGAAGAAGGAAGGCUGCGAGAUCCCUCUACAAUUACCACACUACGGGUACCUGUGCUAAGGCCCAUGGAUUUAAUGGUGGAGGCAACUCCCAGGAGAGUAUUCGCAAAUGCACACACAUAUCACAUCAACUCCAUAUCUGUGAACAGUGACUAUGAAACCUACAUGUCAGCGGAUGAUUUGAGGAUAAACUUAUGGAACUUUGAAAUAACCAAUCAAAGUUUUAAUAUUGUAGAUAUAAAACCAGCAAACAUGGAGGAGCUGACAGAAGUGAUAACAGCUGCAGAAUUCCACCCACACCAUUGCAACACCUUCGUCUACAGCAGCAGCAAGGGAACAAUAAGACUGUGUGACAUGCGAGCCUCCGCCCUGUGUGACAGGCACUCCAAAUUUUUUGAAGAGCCUGAAGACCCAAGUAACAGGUCAUUUUUUUCUGAGAUCAUCUCUUCAAUUUCUGAUGUUAAGUUCAGUCACAGUGGGAGAUUCAUCAUGACCAGGGACUAUCUCACUGUCAAGGUUUGGGACCUUAACAUGGAGAACAGGCCUAUUGAGACAUACCAGGUUCAUGAUUACCUCCGAAGCAAGCUGUGUUCCCUCUACGAGAACGACUGCAUUUUUGAUAAAUUUGAAUGUGUGUGGAAUGGGUCUGACAGUGUCAUCAUGACAGGUUCCUACAACAAUUUCUUCAGAAUGUUUGAUCGCAACACGAAGCGUGAUGUGACCCUGGAGGCCUCAAGGGAGAACAGCAAACCCCGUGCCAUCCUGAAACCCCGCAAAGUUUGUGUAGGAGGCAAACGGAGAAAAGAUGAAAUUAGCGUGGACAGUCUGGACUUUAGCAAAAAGAUUCUGCAUACAGCUUGGCAUCCUACAGAAAAUAUCAUAGCAGUGGCAGCAACAAAUAACCUGUAUAUAUUUCAGGACAAGGUUAACUAGGAGGGAAAAAAACAAUAUUGCUUAGGAAUUUUAUGUACUGAAUACUAGCAAACACAAGUUUUUAAAUGUUUCUUCUGUUUUCUUCUCCUCCUCUUCUUCAUUCGUUUUAUUAUUCCUCUGCAGACAUUAAUUAUGUAGAGGUAAGCACUCAGAUUCUAUUGCUUUCCCCCACAUCUUAAGAAAUUUGCUCAGCAAAGCCUAUUAGGAAUAUUUGAUUUCUGAGUAUUAAGAGCUACAAAGUUACACUAUUAAUUCAAAAGCAAGCUUGAAUUACUUUAUGCUUUCAUUUCCUCCCAAUACUCUUUAGAAGAUUUUGUUUCUUUUAAGAAUACUGAUAUAGACACCUACCAAUUUAUAAUAAAUUUAAGAGUAUAGUAAUAUAUUUGCAAAAAGAAGAAACUCAAUCAAUGCCAUACAUUAAGCCAUUCUGGUCUUUUAUUAUUAUUAUUAUUUGCGGGCUUUCCCUUCUGUUUUACAUUUGUCCCCAAAGAGGAAUUCACUUUUCUUUGCAAGUUCGUUUCUUGUAAAAUAUAUAUAUAUACAUAUAUUCUUUUUAUUAACUCAGGGCCUUUCCAGAUGAUCAUUUAUGGUGCAUAAUUUAUCAUAACAGCAAAUGUUAGGGUAUAGCUAAACUGUUGUGAGAGUGCAAAUACCUUUUUGCCCCGCCUAAUACAUCCAUUGCAAAACCACAAGAUUUUCAUCUUGGAAAAGUUUCUACUUCCACUUUUCUCCAGCUGGAGGGGUUUGAAGUGCCAUGUGUACUGAAGCUUUACAAGUGUCAUGGACAUGUAUUGGCUAGUAUCUGUGGAUGCCAGUGGUGAUCGGUACAUAUGCUUCCACUGUGACUAGACCAAUAACUUUUUUUUCCUAGAGACUAGGAAAUUUGUCUUUGGGGACUACAGCUCCCAGAAUCAAUUGAGAAUUGUCAUCUGAGGAAUAAACUUUUCCCAGCUCUAUUUUUCCCCCCUGAGAGAACAAUCCAGCCAGAACUGAAGACUUUAAGCACCAUUGACAUCCAUGGGACAGAUUAAAACACUUGGUUAACUCUUCCAUUGAAAUCAGUGGGCUGCAAAAAUAUUUUUAUUUAGUUGAAUCUAAGUAUGUGAGAAGAUGAAUACUCUUCCUCUGUACUAUUCAAGCCCAAAAUCUUCCUUUUUGAAUUGGCAAACAUCCUCAAAAUUGGUAACCAGCCCUUCCCAAUGACGAACAGCGGUGUCCAAAUUACAAUUUUUGUAAUGUCUCCUUUAACAUUUGUUCCAUUCUGUUUGUAUUUGGCUCCAAUGUUGGAGCCCUCAAAGGCAGCCCUCUUUAAUUUUCUUUAAAGAAGGGGGGAAAUCCACUUGCAUGCAUGUGACCCACACACACACAAACCCAGCUCUAUCCCUGUAUUCCCCCCCCGAGCUCUUCCUGCUGCUUUCCUUCCAUGGUCCUUGGACAGGACAUGACAUUGCUAGUGUUGGAUCCAGGCUGGUGCUUGUUAGCCUGAAGAGGAAGAAGGCCCCUUUUUAUUGUCUGGAAAGGCCCUCAAACAGGAAAAAAAUGAUGGGGUAUAAAAAGAAGAGAAAAGAUUUGCAAUGGCAAUAUUUAGGUUCAUUAUUUAUAAACAAACAUGUAUGCUAUUGAAGGUAACUACCUUCCGCCAUCAUACCCCACAGUCAGCCUUGUAUAUUUUGGGCUGUGUUCAUCCUGUGGUGCCUUUUGCUGGUAUACAAAGUACCAUAGUAACAAUGCUUCCAAAAUGUGAUAACUUGCAAACCAAAAUGAAUCUGAGCUUUCUUCUGCAAUUCCCUUUAUUUUAUUUUUGAUGUUACUUUUGCUUUGGAUGGGAAAACUCAAAAUUGCUGUCUUUUAAUCUUUUGCAUGUCAUCAGUGUAUAUUUGUGGGUUUUUCCUUAUUCUCCCUUUUUUAGUAUGUAUUUUUAAAGUAUGGUUUAUUUAUUUAUUUAUUUAUUCCAGUAGAGAUUUCCUUCCUCCUCGCCACUUUCCAAUUUUAAGGGGGAAAAUUAAUCUUAAGUUGCUUAUUUAUGGCAUUUAAAAACAACCCAACUAAAACCAACAUGUAAUAAUGCUAUUAUCGCCUGGCUGCUUUCUAAGAGAGGUUGUCCAUGGUUCUGCAGUUUGAAGAUUAGCUACCAAUGGCUCUUCGUCUUUGCAUGGUAAACUCUCCUGUUCUGCUAUGAGGAUAAACCAGGUCCCAUCUUUAUUUGGUCAGUA